AUGCAAAUCACUACAAUUGUCGCCACUGCCCUCCUGGCUGCGGGAGAGGUAGCCGCCGGUAUCAACUGCAAUGGCAGCGGCAACUGCGGCACUAGCGGGGCUUGGAUUACGGACAUCAUCAGCAUGGCUAAUUAUAUCGACCACAGUCGGUGGUACCAGAAUGGGGAACACAUUGUGUGUGCUGCUAAACUCUGCGCAUUCCUGCAAAACACUGGUGGCAUGCCUGGAUCAAAGAUCAGUGAACUCCUCUGGGACCUGAAAGACCAUGGCUGUGCAAGAUGCGGCAGUAUUCCAGUCUUUUAUCCAAGUGGCGAUAACAAUGAGAAAAGCCACGGUAUUCUCACGGUUAACUAUGUCACUAACCCUAAGUGUAAUUGGGGUGCUUGUUAG